AUGUCGGACAGCGAUUCGGAUCCCGAGGAGGAGUUGUUUCAUCGCGCCGCCGAGCAUGUGACUCGUCAGACAACUGUUCUCAGCUCCGCAGACCUCCUGGCGUUCUAUGCCUACUACAAACAGGCCCUGGAGGGUCCCUGUGAGACGCCCAGUCCCAGCCUGCUCCAGCCGAAGGCGCGGAGCAAGUGGCAGGCGUGGAGUAACCUCGGCAAGAUGACACCCAAGGCCGCCCGCCAGGCCUACAUACAGAAACUCCAGAUGCUUCAGCCCGAGUGGGGCUCGUCGAAGGGCAGCAGCCGCAGUACCACCGGCUGGGUAGUGCACUCCAUAGAGUCUGUGCCCAUUGAGGAACAGCGUUCCGAGAGCGAGAAAACACUCUUUGAUCACGUCAAGGAGAACAAUUUGGCGAAAUUGAGGGAGCUGCUCUCCCCUUCUAGCUUGCUGGCUCUGGACGAAAACGGAAUGGCAUUAUUACACUGGGCCACCGAUCGCAACGCCGUUGAGAUAAUCAAGUUCCUGGUGCGGAGCGGUGCCAGUGUGGACCAGCGGGAUGCAGAGCAGCAGACGCCGUUACACUACGCCGCCAGCUGUGGUCAUCUGGAGGCGCUGCAAUGUCUGCUGGCGCUCCAGGCCAAUCCGGAGCUAUGCGAUUCCUACGGCCAGACCUGCUACGAUGUGGCUGAAGAUGAGCAGAUAAGUGGGGUUUUGCAGGCGGAGCGACAGCGCUUGUCCGGAUCCGGAUCCGCAUCAUAAAUGCUAAUUAAAUUGCAAGUGUACAAUUUUUAAUUUCCAAAUACAUAAAUGUAUAAAAAAAAACCAA